AUUAAAGAAAGUACCUAAUAAUUAAUUGUAAGCGCACUGCAGCGAUACCGAAAAUUAAGAAAUCCUGCUUGUGAAUCUGAAUGAUCUUGGAUCUGUCAGAAAGUAAAACUACAAUAACUGUCAUCGUCUGGCUAAUUGCCUAUCCACCGGUGUCUAGUAAAUAUUAUUGUAAAUAGAUAAAAAUGUGUGAUGAUGUUCAAAACUGUUGUCGAAUAUGUCUGGACGUCGAAUCAGACCACGUCAACAUACUCGAAAAUCCCACAAUUACCCUUCAAUUGAAGGCCUGCCUCUCCGUAACGAUAUCAUCUAAUGAUCAUCUUCCUAAAACGAUUUGUUCGUCCUGUGUGUCAUUAUUGAACCAAUUUUAUAAUUUCCAACUCAAUGCCCGCUGUUCCCAAGACUGGCUUGAGUCUUCAGUCCAAGAAAAGUUGAAAAAGUCGACGGAAAACAAAAUGGUGAUACAGCCGUUACCCGACUCCGAAUACAACUCGGAUUCGCUUCUAGAAUUUCUAAACAAUACUGCGAACAUCGAAGAAUACUUGAACAAUCUUGGCAAGGAAGACAUACCAUGUAUUGUGAACAUGUUGGACAAAAAUGAACACACUUUUGAAAUUAGUAAAAUGAACAAUAAAAUCACUAAAUUGCCAAGCCCUAAAAAGAAGGAUUUGGUGAAAAAGUUUAAAUCAGAAAAGGAUGUAAUCAAUUCAGAAGUGCAUAUAGUAAAAGGUAUAGUAAUGAGGGAAUCAGAUAGCAAAACUAAUGUGAAUCAAUCAAAAGUAGAAUCUAGCGCAUUUAUCUGUUUUGGGUGUAAAACUAAAUAUGAUGCAGUACAGAAAUUGCUGCAGCACUUGAGUGUUUGUGACAUAGCAUCUAGAACAUGUAUACAUUGUGACAUGCUGUUUAAUUCUAAGCAACAAAUGCAAAUGCAUUCAAUUACCCACAAUACUUCGGCACCUUUUACAUGCAACUGCGGACAAGAGUUCCCAUCAAAAGAGAGACUGAUACAGCACCACAAAACUUGCCUCAUGGAUUAUGCAGCUUCGGUAGGAUGUGUGUACCGAUGUAAAGGAUGCGGAGAUACAUUUAAAGAGAGAUUUCAACUAUACAAGCAUGCCAAGGAACAUCUUGUUAAGGCUGAUGAGAGAGUGUGUGAUAUUUGUGGACAUACUUUUAAUGGUACAGAAGCACUAGUUAAACAUAGGAAGGAAGAACAUGAAAAACCUGAGAAGGUUAUUUAUAGAUGCAAGAUAUGCAACAUAACAGCAACAGACCGCAAAGAAAUGUACAUACAUGUGAAGACACAUACCGCAAAACCGGAACCAACACGUCACCUAUGUGAGUCUUGUGGACGUAGCUUUGCAACUAGAACCUCGUUAUUCCGUCACUCAAUACUCCAUGAGAGUGAAACAACAGUAUGCCAUAUUUGCAACAAACAAUUUGUAGAUACAAAAUUAAUGGAACAUCAUUUGAGAGAACAUAUAGAAAUUACCAUUUGUGAAAAGUGCGGACAAAGUGUGAAUAAAUAUAAAUUGGCUACACAUGCCUGUGUUUAGGGUGUGAAAAUGAGAAGAUUAUAUGCAGCUUACUAAAAUGUUAGUUACUGGAUUUGGCAGAAAAGUGAAUUUAACUAGUGUAAUAACUUAACUAUUUGUAAGCCACACCAAGGGCCCAUAGUCAUGAACUGAUACAGCAUCCUACUGUUAACUGUUUGUUGAACUGUUACACUUAACAGUUAAUUCACUCACUAGUGAGCAUAUAAUAUAAUUAAACUGAUAUCUCACAUCUAGUUAUUUAAAAAUAAUAAUGCUAGUUAAUAGAUUUUAGUCAUGAUUGAAUUUAAUUAAAAGAGAGAAACUUCAUUAAAAUUAACCAAUGAUAAUUCUCUUUAGCUUAGUUUGUGCAUUUAUCUACCUACCGGUAUCUAAGUGUAAGAUUUCUGUGAUUUUUCUUAAAAUUUUGUAGGCAAAUGUGCCAUCUUAGGUGUACUUAAAUGAAUCGUGUAGUUCUUGUAUUAAUUAUAAGACGAAAAAUAUUAGUUUUUGGAAAUACAGGGUAACAGCAUAUUUUAUAGUUUCGGCAAGUAAUAAACAGGUGAUGAUAGAUAGUUACAUGUUAUCUGACAUCUCACUCGCACGCACAUACUUUUAUAGCGAUGACGUUAUACUUUAUAUCCUGCAUCCCUUUCUGUAAAAAGAGAGUUAAUUUUAAUUACCCAUAGUUAGUUAAAUUUUUAGAAUCAUAUUUCACACUUAAAGCACUGAAUAAUAAGUAAACUUAAAGUCAUUCAUUUCCAAUAGUUAUUAGAAUUUAAAAAAAUCUAGUCAUAUAACUACCCUGUCAUUUCUCAAUUAUUGUGACGUAAUUAUUUUUAAUUAAAAAUCAAAGUACUUUUGUGAUACAAAUUAUAUUCUAUAACUAUUUCUGUAGCACAUGUAAAAAAGAAACAUACAAUGUCUUCUUUUUAUGUCUCUGUAAAUAGGUAUAUUUCUUCAGUGUGACGAAAAUAAAACGAUUUGAUUCCA